AUUGGGGACGGUCUCAGGAGGGAAUGUAGGUGGGGAAGAGUUGGAUGACUCAUCUGUAAAUAUACAGAUGAAAAUAAAGUGAGUUAUAAAGACUAAGACAGACAGAGAGAAAGAGAGAAAACACCAAAUUUCAGACACCUGCAGAGAACAUGAGGAAGGUGAAGAUGAGCUGUGUGUGCUUGGCUCUGGGGCUGGUCCUGCUCGCAGCAAUCUCCUCUGAGGCUCACCCUCAUGCUCCUGGCACUCCUCAAACCUGCUGUUUUGACUUUUUCAAAGGGAAAAUUCCUGUCAACAAAAUUAAAAAAAUAGAAAAAUUAGAUUCAAGAUGUGCAAACCCAGGCUUUUUGGUUACUACGGAAAAGAAGCAGAUUUGCCUGCGUGAAGACCUCACCAGCGAGCUCGAGAAUGACUAGACUGUAGUGGAGCAGCUUCUACUCACGCCAGAUGCAUCACCCCGUAUAUCUACCCAGCUUCAUAUAACUGUUUACUUCUCACAUAAUGGUUAUCAGUUAUUUACCAGUAUGACGCUUCCUUCUGACUAUCAGUGCUUGCUUUAUAACAAAUAUACAAAUGCAACCAAUAAAACAAAUGUAAAAAUCAC